UUUUGGUUGUGGGAAUUAUAUGUGUGUGUCAAUAAAUAAUUGUAUACGUGUGACUGCUUGAUCAUGGAUAGGUGGUAUGGAUACACAGUGUUUUUACUUGUCUGCGUUUUUUAUAUCUCUGCGACCGAGGGUUUGACUGAAUACCGAGUUACUACAGUUAUUCAUCCGCCACUUGUAAUGUCUCAAGGUGAUGGUAAUAAAAGAAAGUUUGUUGGUCUUUUACCAGACCUUCUGGCCAAAAUAGGUCCUAUGAUGAAUGCAACCUUUUCCAUGAAGCACGUGCAAGAUGGCAGAUAUGGAAUGUUAGACAACACCGGAAAUUGGACCGGAAUGAUAGGAGAGCUUGUAAACAAUCAAUCGGAUAUAGCAGCAGCGGCAAUGACCGUUACAGUCCAACGAGCAAAUGCGGUACAUUUUUCGCAGCCAGUACUAGAAUUUGGACUAUCUAUUGUUAUGAAAAAGCCUACUGCUGAUGGAAUAUCCUGGAAGAGAUGGAAGGGUUUACUUAGCUUUCUCAAACCUUUCACAACUGGAGUAUGGAUUGCUGUUAUUUGUUCCUAUGCCAUUGUUUCUUUGCUUUACGGACUUAUUCUACAGUUUGAUCCAAUGGAAGAGGAUGGUGCUGACAACAUUAGGAAGAACAUUACUCGUGGAUUUCCCAUAAUGUUUUACAGAUUUUGUUUUCAAGGCAGUUUUAGUCCAUCGACUUGUACAUCUCGUUCUGCAAAGAUGCUCACAUGUUUUUGGUGUAUAUUUGUUAUCCUGAUCUUUGCUUCAUACAUUACUUCCCUUGCUGUCGUGUUCCGUAGCGGAGACGACGAACUCCUAGAAACACCAAUUCAUUCGUUUGAAGAUUUGCUCUACCAAUCAGAAGUCGAAUAUGGAGUUAUUGCUAAUAGUAUGACAUACCAAUAUUUCACAGUAAAUGCGAAAGAUCAGACAGACGAAGCGAUUGGAAAACAAUUAAAGAAAUCUAAAGAUCAGAUGCCGAAGAAUACAGCUGAAGGAGUGAAACGUGUUCGUGAUAGUAAAGGUGAUUAUGUUUUUAUCACGGAGGAACUUUCUGCACGUACAGAGUCUGGAAAACCUCCUUGUGACCUGGUGCUCGUACAUCAUUCAAAACUUCGUCGGUCUUACUCCUUUGCGUGUAGACUGGAUUUAAAUGCAUGUCAUGAUUUAGAUGUUGCUUUGAUCUCACUGAAAGAAAAUGGCGUUCUUGAAGAGCUGAUAAGUAAAUGGUACAAGAAUCAAUGUGACACUGAUUUUGAUGACGAUUACAUAAAGUACGUCACUUCCUUUGAGGACAAGAAGUUCCAGUCAGGACUAUUUUUUAGGACUGAUGGGAUAUCUAUCGAUAAAAUUGGGAGUCUAUUUAUAUUGCUUUUACUUGGUAUCGUGAUUAGCAUUGGGCUUCUGAUUUUCGACAUCUGCUUUGAAAAGAGGUUUGAGAAAAAGAUGAGGGGCACGACAAGAGAUGAUCAACCUUUCGAGAGCAUAACAAAUGAUAUGCAGUGAUAGUAUACAUGCGUUUUCCCGCGUGACUUAUGUUCUUUGUUUUGAGAAAAACAAGUGUGCCAAAAGUGCUUUAUAUCAGACAUGUUCCAUGAAGUUAUAUUUCCCUAAACGAGUGUGCAAUAGGCAUCAACUUGCAAAAAAUCACGUUUGACGUGUGUUUCUUAAUAUUUACACACAACUAGUAUACGAAAAUACAAUAACAUAUUCAAAUGCUUAAUAGUACAAUGUAGUAUGUAAAUUUGAUAACAGAUUAAUGAUGUGAAUUAUCCUUCAUGCUUAAGAAUUUACUCCCGAUUAGGUUUAUUAUGUCUAAAAGAUUCAAUGAACGUUAAACCGAAUAUGUUAUCUAUAUAAUUUUUGAGAUGUUCGAUUUUGAGCGCUCCUGGUGAAUUUAAACGCAGAAAAGCGCUUCGGACGCAUGCAAUUUAUAAAGAGUUGUUUUCAUUUUCUUUAGUAAAAAAAGUACAUAAAUCUGUGAGGUUAUAACUCGUACAAUAUUACUUCUACUCAACUGUAGAAUUGCAAUACAAACGUCGAUGGCUUGUAUAGUUUCCGGUUACUUGACACUCUCUUAAAGGGAGCUCGGUUUAGUCUAAAAAUUUGAUUUCCCUCCGUUUCUGACCUUUGAAAAUCGUUUGUGGGUGUGAUAUUUUCCUGUUAAGCAUCCAAAUAUGUUAACCUAAAAUCAUUUUCGGUCCCUUUUUAGACAUUUUAAUUGAUAAUUCUUACUAAGAUAGUCAUUUAAACGGAAAUAUAAUCGAAGGAUGACGAAUUCGAACUUCAUAACGAUACUAGUUAUUUUUCAGUUGUAGGCGAUAAAACCCAAGCUUUGUAAAGUUGCUACUAUCUAUAAAAAAAACAUUACACGAAAUGUACUUGUACUAGAACGGCUGUAUUAUUAAGUUUCAGAAAGUCAAAUGACAGCAUGACCAUUUUUCUGUUCUGUAAUCUUAUAAUAACAAUAGAAACUAUAAUCUUUUGCUUUUGUAUUGUUGUUCUUUUUGUAAUUCUGUAUUACUUUGUACUUUGAAGAGACUAGGUAUUGGUGAGCUGCUUUGCCUAUUUUGUAAAUGUUAAUAGAAGUAACUGGACAUAUUGAUGAUUGUUAUUGAUUUGAAUGUGUAUAGAACUUUUUUUGUAUGUCUUAUGAAAAGUUGUAGAAAUUCGAUAGCUGUGUAGUUUAAAAUACCCACCACAUCAUAGUGACUUGUAUAUGCUCUAUUUCAGAAAAAUAGCAUUUUAAAUACUAGUAAAGGUUUAACAAAAAAUU